AUGCUGGAUAAUUGGCGGGAACUGGAACAUUCUGUCGUACACGUUGAUCCAGAGCAUCCCAAACAUGCUCAAUGGGUGACGUGGCUGUUGAAACCGGGAUUCAUCCGUGAAGACCACACUUCUCCAGCGAGACCAGAGGUCAUCGAAGGUGAGCAUUUGCCCACUGAAGUCGGUUACGACGCCGAACUGCAGUCAGGUCAAGACCCUGGUGAGGACGACGAACACGCAGACUGUUUCUGUAGACAUUCUUCGGUUGUGCAAACCCUCAGUUUCAUCAGCUGUCUGGGUGGCUGGUCUCAGACCCAGUUUCAUCAGCUGUCUGGGUGGCUGGUCUCAGACCCAGUUUCAUCAGCUGUCUGGGUGGCUGGUCUCAGACCCAGUUUCAUCAGCUGUCUGGGUGGCUGGUCUCAGACCCAGUUUCAUCAGCUGUCUGGGAGGCUGGUCUCAGACCCAGUUUCAUCAGCUGUCUGGGAGGCUGGUCUCAGACCCAGUUUCAUCAGCUGUCUGGGAGGCUGGUCUCAGACCCAGUUUCAUCAGCUGUCUGGGUGGCUGGUCUCAGACCAUCCCUCAGUUUCAUCAGCUGUCUGGGUGGCUGGUCUCAGACCCAGUUUCAUCAGCUGUCCGGGAGGCUGGUCUCAGACCCAGUUUCAUCAGCUGUCCGGGAGGCUGGUCUCAGACCCAGUUUCAUCAGCUGUCUGGGAGGCUGGUCUCAGACCCAGUUUCAUCAGCUGUCUGGGUGGCUGGUCUCAGACCAUCCCUCAGUUUCAUCAGCUGUCCGGGAGGCUGGUCUCAGACCCAGUUUCAUCAGCUGUCUGGGUGGCUGGUCUCAGACCCAGUUUCAUCAGCUGUCUGGGUGGCUGGUCUCAGACCAUCCCUCAGUUUCAUCAGCUGUCCGGGAGGCUGGUCUCAGACCCAGUUUCAUCAGCUGUCUGGGUGGCUGGUCUCAGACCCAGUUUCAUCAGCUGUCUUGGAGGCUGGUCUCAGACCAUCCCUCAGUUUCAUCAGCUGUCUGGGAGGCUGGUCUCAGAUGAUCCCGCAGGUGAAGAAGCCGGAUGUUGAGGUCCUGGGUUGGCAUGGUUACACGUGGUCUGCGGUUGUAAGGCCGGUUGGACGUACUGACAAAUUGUCUAAAACAACGUUUGUUGAGCGGCUUAUGGUCGAGAAAUGAACAUUAAAUUCUCUGGCAACAGCUCUCAUAAUCUCAUAUCUCAUAAUGAUCAUGUCUCAAGUUUAAACAGGUGCACAUUAUGCUGACAAUAAAAGGCCACUCAAAAAUGUGCAGUUUUGUGACAAAACUGCACAUUUUAGUGGCCUUUAAUUGUCCCCCAGCACAAGGUGCACCUGUGUAAUUGAUCAUGCUUUUUCAUCAGCUUCUUGAUAUGCCACACCUGUCAGGUGGAUGGAUUAUCUUGGCGAAGGAGAAAUGCUCACUAACAGGGAUGUAAAACAAAUGUCUAUGUACAAUUUCUGUGAUCUUUUAUUUCAGUUCAUGAAACACUUUACAUGUUGCGUUUUUAUAUUUUUGUUCAGUAUACUUUUUGUUUUUUAAAUUGCCAGCGUCCUUGAAGCUAGAAUUGGGAUCACGUAUGCUCUGCUAAUGACCGUACAAAAAAAUAGUAAAGGAGAGUCAUGUACAGAAUGAGGAAUUUGUGGUAAGUGCCUGACGGCCGCCAUCUUUGACCUCUCACAGAGCAACUGCAUUGAGCAAACAGUCAGUGGUUGUAUCUGAUUAACAUGUAUUGAAAAGGUGUGGAUAUCUGCAAACAAAGGCAUGCAACUACAGAGGACAAACCAAGCUUCUAGACUAGAUCUUCUCUGACAGUGCAACAUCUGAACAUGUACAUCGUUUGACAAAGAUGCAAACUAAAUGAGUGCCAGACUGCCAGGUUUGGGGGAACUGUCCUGCAGACAACAGGUCUCCCAUGUGAGACAAGUCUGGAUUUCGGCCACCAUCACCCAAUUUGUCAAGCUCCACAGCUGUUGAAACCAGAGAUGGAUCAAAGUCUGUGUCAUCAUCAAUGGAUCAAGAUAUCAACCUCUGCCACUCUUCACUAAAGAGAGGACCGCUUCGGGGAUGUGUGCGUUACAGGAGAGACUGGCUACCACAGAUACAGCCCCAGGCCGGGUCUGUCUCUCUCCUCACCUCGCUGUCCGUCUCUCUCCUCACCUCGCUGUCCGUCUCUCUCCUCACCUCGCUGUCCGUCUCUCUCCUCACCUCGCUGUCUGUCUCCUCUCUCCUCUCCUUAUAGCCAAUGAUGAUGAUAACUGUAGAUCAGGGCCCGUAUCUACAAAGCGUCUCAAAGUAGGAGGGCUGAUCUAGCAUCAGUUUGACUUUUCAGUUUGAUCAUAAUGAAUCAUAAUGUAUACAGAUCCUAGAUCAGAAUGAAUCAGAUUUAUAGACAGAUCCUAGAUCAGAAUGAAUCAGAUUGUAUAGACAGGUCCUAGAUCAGAAUGAAUCAGAUUGUAUAGACAGAUCCUAGAUCAGAAUGAAUCAGAUUGUAUAGACAGAUCCUAGAUCAGAAUGAAUCAGAUUGUAUAGACAGAUCCUAGAUCAGAAUGAAUCAGAUUUAUAGACAGAUCCUAGAUCAGAAUGAAUCAGAUUGUAUAGACAGGUCCUAGAUCAGCAUUCUUACUCUCCACCACUCCUUGUAGUUUGAGCCUAUUUCUUUCAUAACUAGGGGGUCAAACAGGAAUUGUGUAGUCUUCCCGCCCAAUUUGACCUCUACUCUUCUGUUGUCUGAACCAAGGCAAUUCACCAUUUUUAUAAUCAAUUUAUCUAGGUAUAGAUUUAGAUGUACUGGGAUCAGUGGUUUGUUGUUUUUCCUGAGUGCCCUCAUCCCCAACCUUUUACAAAUGUAAUUAAACUUCCAGUAGAAAUUGUAGCAAGGAUCUGGUGUAGACCCCUGUAAUCUCGCAUGUCAGACAUUACAGUCACACAGUGAAGUUCUGUCUUAAGUAUUAUGCAAUAUUCUGAGACACUCAUCUGGCUCUGUGAGAUUAGAUUAGCAGCCACGUGAUUGGUUGAAAGCUGGAAAUAUCUCUCUACCUCAUUGACAGUUAGUGCUUUUCUACAUGAUUGAAAACGCUGUAGAGGCCAACAGAACACUAGUCCCGGUCCUACAGAGGGAGGUUAAUGAAUUACAUUGCCUUCCUUUUAGACUUCACGCCGUAUAAAGUACGUACCAUAAAACCUACUGUACCAAAAUUCACAGAACAUAAUUCAUACUUCGCCCAGCUCCUCCCCUUUCCCAGAAUGAUUUCGAUAACCUUGUCAACAAGGGUGUAUGAAUGGUACGAACCAAAUCAGGGUAGAUGUAGUUAGUUAGGGCCAGUCACUGUGUGCUGUGCCCCAGAUAUUCUUUUAUUUUUUAAAUUUGAUUUCUGACCUGUUUAGGUUGUAACAUUUGAUCCACCUUCCUUCCGGGAUCUGUGCAAUAUGCUAUCUCAUAACCUGUCUUGUUUUAUCUGAUAUGUAAUAUUGUAUGAACAAGUGACAAGUUGUUUUGAAAAACAACAAAAUCACCAACGUCUUCCAUUUUUAAGAAAUAUUGUACUCUUCAUAUGCAUUAGCUUUAUAUAGAGGGAUUGUGGUGCCCAAUAUUAUAACUAGCCACGCAUGAAAAGUAGCUAGUGAUGCUUGCUUACUAAAAGAGAAUUGUAGAGAAAUCGUUUUCUAAAAACAGACGGAACAAGUUUGUCUACUAAGUGGGAGAUUUGAAUUGAAAAUAUCUAUUCAGACUGAGAAAAUGUAUAACAUCUGUUCUAAACUGUUUUCUAUAGAAUGAACACUUAAAGAAUCAGACAUGAAGCGUGUUAGUCAUUGACCAAUAAAAUAAAUCGGUAAUAUCAGUAUACUGUAAUAUACCUGUAGAAUGAUACCUCAGUCUGGAAUGCAAACUGCUUUUGUUCAGAAAAUAUAUUUAGUAAAAAAUAAAAAAAAUAAAAAAGCAAGCCAUAACAUAUUUGGUUAGACAUUUUUUAGAAGCAAUAACAAUUAUGCAUGAUUUGUGUAUUUUUAUCUAUUAUAAUCUGUUUUUUAAAAGGAAUUUUUAGGAUAUUAUUAGCUAUAAUCAACCUUUUUGUUUAGAGGGAAGAGUAUUGAAUAUACUCCUACUUUAGAAUGUAGUAUGUUCUAAGGAUGAACCACUCAGCUGGACAUGAAAUACCACACAAACAUAUUAAACAUAUUAUAUGGGGCGGCAGGGUAGCCUAGUGGAUUAGAACAUUGGGCUCGAAACCAAAAGGUUGCAAGAUCAAAUCCCUGAGCUGACAAUGUAAAAAUCCGUCGUUCUGACCCUGAACAAGGCAGUUAACCCACUCAUUAGUAGGCCGUCAUUGAAAAUAAUCUUAACAGACAUGCCUAGUUAAAUAAAAUUUGUAAGUCGCUCUGGAUAAGAGCGUCUGCUAAAUGACUUAAAUGUAAAUGUAAAAUAAAAACUGAAAGGCUGCAUUUUGGAUUGGCAAAAACACAUGUGUAUUAUUGGAAACUCUAUUCAGGCUUGUGUCCUAAACUACAUUUUUGGUGGGGUUCUGGUCAAAAGUAGUGCACUUUUAUACAGAAUAGGGUCCCAUUUGGGACAGAGCAUCAGAUUCAUGCCUUCUGUAAGAACCAUUGAUUUUUAGGUUGCCUAUUUUAAUGCCUCUCGUUUUUCCCCCUCUGUUACUUUGUUCCACCAUUGUCCAGAUCAAACUAUCAUGUAUACAUGUCUAUUAUGCAUCUUUCCUAAUAACUGAAAGCAAUAGAUGCCUCAAGGAGAACACUAUAAAGCAUUUCUUGCUACCAUCCUCCUGUCUUGAAUACUGUGUUUCAAAACGAUUUGUAAUGUGGCAAAUGGUUCGGAUCAGCACAAAGAUUAUGCAUGAUAAAGUAAAUAAUUUGUAUUGCAUGCAAUAAUAAACUUUUCAUUUGUGUUGCUCAAUAGAGCCAUGAUACUGAAACUAAUGUUUGCUAUUAGUACAUUGACUAUCUUGCAUAACAGGGAUCGUUGUUGACAUUUACAGGGAACACAUUGUAACCACUUGUUCUGAUCAAAAUGACUUGAUGUACAAUGUUGCCCAUAUCCUGAAAACACAGUCAGGUUGUACUAUCAUUUCACACCGUGGAGUGGAAUGAUGGCACAGACUGUAUUGAUCUACUCGUAACCAACAGAAUGAGUGUACUGUGGUUUAACUAUGCAGUCCAGAGGCCCUGGCCAUGCUGAAACCAGUCUGUCUUGUAUCAACUGAAUAAUCUACAAUAAAUAGCAACAUGGUGCCAAUAAA